UAUCAAUCCGCAAACACUUUAAAACGAAGUAAUGGCGACUUCUGUUACUGAGAUUUCUAGUUGUGAGUGACUCCACUCGAGCCACACAAACUUUAUUUCUUGGUAACAACAUCACAACUGAGAUCGGCUGAUUGUGCCUGUGUCUCGGUGUUUACAUAUGAAAGCUCAGAGAAUGGGAAAUAUUAAACAAGAUUUGCCGUCGUUUUUAUGAAAUAAAAAGAGAAUCAUGGUUGAUGGAAAAAUCCAACAACCCAAUGCAGAUGAAACAAAGUCAUCCACAAAGGGCAAAAAACAACCAGAUGAUCAUUUAAAGAAUGAUAGUGAUGUGGAAGUUGAUGGUGAAGAUUACCUGGAGGAGGAGGGUGAAGGAGAAGGAGGAGACAGUGGUGCAGAUGGAGAAAUAGCAAACCAAGAGGAGAAGCGAACUUCAUCACCAACAAAGAAAAAGAAACGCAAGAAGAAAAAAUUUAUGGGAAUAUGCUUAACAAACUGCAAAUAUGACAGUGUUAGGCGUAUGGCUCGUAAAUUUGGAAUGAAGGAGGUGGGUGAAGAUGAUGACUGGACAUUGUACUGGACGGAUUAUUCAGUUGCAUUGGAAAGGGUUAUGGAGAUGAAGAAAUAUCAGAAAAUAAACCAUUUCCCAGGAAUGAGUGAAAUCUGCCGGAAAGAUCUACUUGCCCGUAAUUUGACACGUCUACAGAAGUUGUUUCCAAAAGAAUUUUCAAUUUUCCCAAGGACUUGGGUACUUCCUGCUGAUUAUGGAGACUUCUUAGCCUUUUGUCGUACAAAGAAGAACAAAACAUAUAUAUGCAAGCCAGAAAGUGGUUGCCAGGGCAAAGGAAUAUUUAUCACUAAAAACCUUAAGGACAUCAAACCUGGGGAACAUCAGGUCUGCCAGCAGUAUAUAUCCAAGCCCUUCCUCAUUGAUGGAUUUAAGUUUGAUCUACGAAUUUACGUACUGGUUACGUCAUGUGAUCCUUUGCGGAUAUACGUGUUCAAGGAUGGUUUGGCUCGAUUCGCAACGAUUAAGUAUACAGAACCUACCAAUAACAAUACGGACGAACAGUGUAUGCAUCUUACAAACUAUGCCAUCAAUAAGCAUAGCUCAGAUUUCAUUCGGGAUGAUGAUUGUGGAAGCAAAAGGAAAAUAACAACAGUUGAUCGGUGGUUUGAAGAGAAUGGUUAUGACAUCAAGAAGAUUUGGACGGAUAUGGAGGAUGUGAUUAUUAAGACAUUGAUCUCUGCACAUCCGAUUCUAAAACACAACUACCGAACAUGCUUUCCAAACCAUGUAAAGGACAGUGGAUGCUUUGAGAUCCUUGGAUUUGAUGUAAUGCUAGACAAAAAGCUAAAACCAUGGGUGUUGGAGGUAAACCAUUCACCCAGUUUCCAUACGGAUGCAAAGUUGGAUAAAGAAGUGAAGGAAGCAUUCCUCUAUGAUGCUCUGAAUAUUAUGAAUUUGUCACCCUUUGAUCGCAAGAAAUGUAUUGAGGAAGAGAAGAGGAAAAUUAAAGAAAGAUUAAUGAAUCGAUCUAAACCAAAAGAAUCAAGGCGGGAAGAAAUGGAAGAGUGCCAAGCAUCAGCAAAUGAAGCGCAGAUGAAAUAUGAAGAAGAACACUGCGGUGACUAUCGUCGCAUAUAUCCUAUAGAGGGCCAUGAGAAAUACGACAAAUUCUUCCAGCAUAGCGGCUCAUUAUUCCAGCAAACGGCUGCCUCCAAGGCAAGAGGAGAAUGUGCUCGACAACAGAGAGAAGAGAUACGAGCUAAGCAGGAGAAACUAGAAUGUAUGCUGAAGAAGAAUCGACCUACCAGUAAGGAGAAAGAUUUGGUUCGACCUGAGAGUCCAGGUGGUGAUAAGGCGAGGCGUAGGACGUUAAUGCGAAGUUCUGUGCCAAGGGUUGGCAGGAGAAUCAGUAAACUAACAGAUGAGACCAAAGUUGAAUUCCAGCCUGUAGAUAGUAAGCAGCCACUGAUUAUAAAUGAAGAGGAUGAGCUGGAGCGAGUUAGUGCAUUACUACAACGUGACAACCUGGUACGGGGCCUAGGAGUUGUAGAGCAUGUGUACAGGCUUCUACACUGUACACCAGGAACUGUGGGUGUAUUGAAACAUUCUGAUAGACCUAUUAACGUUGAAUGUCCAUCAGAGAAAUUGGAAAGUAGUACAAUAAAGACAAUGUCAGCAACUUCUCAGUCACAGGCUUUGAACAGUAGAUACCAUCAGCAUCCUCCUGUUGGACACGGCACUUACAGCGGACAGUGGCAGUCAGCGGCACCAAGAAACGGUCGUCUACUAAGCCAAGUCAACUCAUCGCAUUCAUUGAUACAGCACCCCUCAACAACAUUACUCCAGCGUCACCAUUUUGUGCCUCGCAAAGGUUUUCCACCAUCCCAUCGGGACUUACGGCAUGGUACAGUGGUUGCCGAACAGGAGCUGAAGGAUCUAGCUGGAAUUCUAGAUGAUGGCACAAAGCUAGCCAGCAGGGGAAACACCAUGGUUGGUGUGACAAGCUGUGGUGCAGGGGCCACUCAAACAGGCUGGCGAUGCACAGACAGUAACAGUGGAACAGGCGUUGCUCAACAUCGGAGGGUGCUUAGUGCCAACUCUUCCAAAAGAGAUUUAGGUCAUCAAGGUCGUAUAAACUCCCGUUUAACAGCAACAAAUAGUUCGGUAAACCUUCCCGGCAAUGCAGUGUGUGCUUCACCGUCAAAUGUAUACCUCAGUAGUACAGGUUAUGGGUUCUCAAAUGUAAUCCGUGUAUCCCAGAGUCCCUUGCAAGGUGGUGGUGCUCUAAGCUUAUCAUUGGUGUCGGGUCCUGCUCCGGUUGUUCAACGACCGGACCUGAAGUCUAGCACACAAGGUGGUGGUACCCACAGUGGAGCAACUAACGAUGCAAAUGCAAGGCAUAUUCCAAAGAUCAGGAAAUGGAAGCUUUCUGAGCCAGACUACCAGUCUCCGCUGUACCUGACGCUUGCGGGCAAGUUCAGUGAGGGUCAGCGAUAUCAACUAAGUCCCAGAGAAUAAGAGGAGCAACAAACAGUUUAAGAUUGAAGCAACUUGAAUUACGUGAAAAUCAAGCCGUAGUGUUAAGCUGAUGAUGCGCCUUCCAGGUGGGCUGUGUUGCUAGUUGAAAAAUUGAAACAAUGAUAGCAAAUUUAUGAAUAGUUUGAAGCAACAGCAAUAAGAGAUGGUGUUUAGAGCCAAUGCAGACCUACUGGUGCGAUAAUUAUUCACAGGAUGCCAUAGCUUUUAUGUAAAAGUCUGUGAUGUCAUAAAAUUCAUCAUGUGAUGAUGUCAUCAAUGUUGAUGAUGUCAUAAUAUGUAUCACAAUGAUCAACAUGCAGGAUGAUAUACCAUGUAAGAAGAUAGUGGAUGAUGCAUAUCACCUUCUGAGUUGGCAAUCAAUUUUUAUAUUGAAUCAAGAUGGAAGUACAGUAUAGGAUUUAUCUGUUGUUAAAGGAAUUUGAACAUCUUGAGGCUAAAGAUUUUAUAUAUUGAGGUUGUUAUCCAAAAUGAUACCAUGUUGUUGAGAUCCUGACAAAAAAAUUUAAGAUGCAAAGAACACAUUUUGACAAAAUCCUAUCCGCUGGGGAACGAAAAUUAACUUUUGAAGCUGAAUAUUUUUAGAUUGGAGAUUGUAUUGCAAACAUGUUGAGAGUUUUGACCAAAAUAAAUAUUGUUAAUAAA